GGGAACGGCGGAGGAGGUAGGAGGUGGGAGUCAAAGAUAAGGUCUGAAGCAUAAACCCGAAGGCAUUCCAGGAUAUUCGUUCUUUCUUUCUCCCGCUGUUUCUUCUUUCUUAUAUCAAUCCCUCUCUUUCUUUCUUUCUUUCUUUCGAUGCAGAAGGUUUCAUGGACCCUCUCAUCAUAACAUACCGCCACACCCCCCUAUCCCUGUCUCCCAUCAACAAACUCUCUCUUUCUUCUUCUUCUUCUUCAAACCCCCCUACUACAUCUUUAUGUCAAAAAUCCAUCCAAAAGUUGGGAUCCUUCCUACACGGGUUAAAAACUUCCAUGAAUCAAUGGGGGGCUGAGGCUGAUGGACCACCUUACCUCCUCAAUGGAGGCGCCCUCGGUAUGGCUCUCUUGAGUAGUGUAACCUCAAAUGCAAAGGUUCGUAUUAGCCCCUUUGUCGCAACACUAGCUGCAAAUCCAACUUUUGUUUCUGGGUUUUUUGCCUGGCUCAUGGCACAGUCUUUCAAAGUGGUGUUGCAUUUUUGCUUUGAGAAGAAAUUGGAUUUACGAAUAAUGUGUUCGUCUGGGGGUAUGCCCUCCUCGCAUUCAUCUUUGUGCACAGCUUUGACUACUUCCGUCGCAAUAUGCCAUGGAGUGGCGGAUUCUUUAUUUCCUGUCUCUUUGGGGUUCAGUUUAAUUGUCAUGUAUGAUGCCAUCGGCGUUCGCCGUCAUGCUGGGAUGCAAGCAGAGGUUCUGAAUCUGAUAGUCGAGGACUUGUUCCAAGGCCAUCCCAUCAGUAAGAGGAAGCUGAAGGAGCUACUUGGACACACCCCAUCACAGGUUAUUGCCGGGGCAUUACUUGGGAUCCUGGUUGCUUGUUUUUGUUGUCAAGGUUGCUUCGGUGCGACCUGAUGCCGCCUGCCAUCUAGAUAGCAAAUAGCGAGUGUUAUGCUCCUUUUAUUUACACCACCCAUUGCAAUGUACAACUUCUUUUUGUACAAGGGACAUUCAUGCUUUAGUAAGCGAAUUUAUACGACACUCGUUGUAUCACACUCUUAAUGUGAAAAGCUGUUACAUUAUAUAGGAAGCUGUAACGGUCUGGUUUGGUUCGGUUGCGA